AUGGGUUCACGAGUCUUUCUACGCGUGAUCGUCCCCGCCACACUUUUUGCGUCGCUCGCGGCUUUCGGACAUCAUGUCAUGCUCGCCGGGACGCAACGUUCAGGGUCUGGUCAAGCCCUUCUACAGAACUGCCUUCCCGGGAAGGAAACCAUCACCGACUCAAUUAAGACGGGCGUAGUCGGGGUCGAUGUAACGCUCUGCGUUAUGACCAACUUCUUCCAAGCAAGCUUCAAUCCGGAGGGAGUGCCACUAUUAUGGGGAUUCGGCACAACGUUGGUGACUUUGGUCGCUCUACCACUCAUCGAGGCCUCGCGCGCCGGCCGCACAGCCAUGUUCGGGUGGCCGACCAUCCUUCUUCUCGGGCUGAUGUACCAACUGCAAGGCAUCGGCGUUUGGUUCAACGCAUAUUGGUUCAAGCUCAUCGUCUUCGGCUUCACGAAAUCGGACAAGCACCCAGGUCCCCGGCACGUCGUCAACCGUGCAUACGCAGAGGCCAACCUAUUCGCUAUCUUGGUGGGCUUUGCGCUCCCCUCACAGGCCAUGCUCGGCUUUUUCGAUCCGCUCGUCACCGCGGCGUGGCAGUUCUUUCCCGUGUGGGUUCUGCUAGCGCGCGGGCUCUACCUGCUCGUGCGCCCGCGCACCAGUGGGAACGGGUACAGCGUCGUUCAAGCUACGUACUUCGUCACCUUCGCACUUUCGGCGUUCGGCAAUGCCCAUGCCAUCUGGCUCUUGCGGGACAACCUCGCGUCCUUCCUCUCGACGCUUCCGCCUUCCAUCGACCCGCCCGCGUUCGCUGAAAGCACUUUCACUGCUGCAGCAUUGCAGUUCCUGAAGUGGGAUUGGCUCGUGACCAGUGCCGCAGGGUUAUUGGCGACCCUGUGGACGGCGAGGAGCCCCGGGGAGGUCGUGAGCAUUGCGCUCUGGAAUGUCAUCGCAACGCCGUUAUUUGGAGCCGGAGCAGCAAUAUCGGGUGUCCUUAUGUGGAGGGAGAAGCGGUUGAAUGGCUCCAAAUGA